AACAGCUUACAAAGCCGCUCUGCUGUUGGUCAGUUUUACUGUCACGCUAGGUGCGUCACGACAGGGCCUACCAAGGUAGGCUGUCCCCAGAGUCUGUAUUGUUGCUGUUAUUAUUAUUUUUUUUAUUUGGAAAUAUAAUUAGUUUUUUUACAUCCCCGUUUGAAUGUGCACUUCACUGAUAAAGACGUGCAUAUGAAACGUAUUACGCCGCGGUUGCAAAACUAUAAAUAAAUAAUCACUUUAAUUAGCGUCCGGCAAAAUUUAUAUAUAUAUAUACUUUUUUUUUUUUGCUGCUUUUUUUAAGUGUUUUAAUUUAUUAAAAAAAUGGCAACAAAUAUUUAAUUUCGUGUGUGCAUGUUUUUGAGAGGAAUUUGGAUAGCUUCAAAUUUCGUUUCGUAAGGAUUUAUGCGGGGGCGGAUGGGACACCGGUGUCUUCAUGAGAUGGCUUGCCGGGGAAGGAGCUGCUGGAUUCGGCUCUGAUUUCCAGCCUCGACCCUUAAAGAGGCAGGGGGUGAGUAAACCAGGUAACAAAAAGGAGAGCGUCGCUCUGAGAAAGGAAAGGCCAUUCCCCAGGGUUGAGCCAGUCUGCACUCUCCUCAAACCCCGGCUAGAUCGCCCCACCCCCUGGUUGGCACAUCUGUAGAUAUUUUGCCGUUUCCCAACGCCGCCUGUACUAUGUAGACAACAAUUCUGCCCCAUUUAGUGUUUGCAAAUGAAAAUGGAGGAAAUGUCACUAUCUGGCCUGGACAACAGUAAACUGGAGGCCAUGGCUCAUGAGAUCUACACAGAUCUGAUUGACGAUGCCUGCCUGGGGCUGUGUUUCGAGGUGCACCGAGCUGUGAAGUGUGGCUACUUCCUUCUGGAUGAAACAGACCCAGAGAGCAUGAAGGACUUCGAAAUCGUAGACCAGCCAGGUGUGGAUAUCUUCGGGCAGGUGUAUAACCAGUGGAAGAAUAAGGAGUGUGUGUGUCCCAACUGUAACCGCAGCAUUGCAGCCUCGCGCUUCGCCCCACACCUGGAGAAGUGUCUGGGCAUGGGCAGGAACAGCAGCCGAAUCGCCAACCGCAGGAUAGCCAGUAGUAACAAUAUGAACAAAUCAGAAAGUGACCAGGAGGACAACGAUGACAUCAAUGACAACGACUGGUCCUACGGCUCAGAGAAGAAAGCUAAGAAGAGAAAAUCUGAUAAGGUAUUUUUACAUUCUUUGAAACAACCCGGGUUUGUGAAUCCAAAUUCACCAAGAAGAUCAAAAUCUAUAAAACAUAAAAAUGGGGAACUUAGUAGCGGAAGCUCUGAUCCUUAUAAGUACACUUAUAAUUCAGGUAUUAAUUAUGAAACUCUGGGUCCUGAGGAGCUGCGGUCGUUGCUGACGACGCAAUGUGGGGUCAUUUCGGAACAUACCAAGAAGAUGUGUACAAGGUCGUUACGGUGUCCGCAGCACACAGACGAGCAGCGGCGGACAGUGCGGGUCUUCCUGCUGGGGCCUUCAGCAUUAACAGAGUUGUGUUCGUCCCGUUCCCCUCUGUUUCCCGGAGGCAGGUCUCUCCCAGAGCCGGAGACGAGUGUGGAGAACGACACCUAUGACCCCUCGGAGAACCAGGCCCUCAUGAGCCGACUGCAGUGGGAUGGCUCCUCCGACAUCUCGCCUUCAGACUCGGCUUCAUCCAAAGCAAGUACCAACAACUCCGAGUCCAAGAAACCCAAAAAGAAGAAACCUCACCUGGGCCUGAGCAGUGGCAGUGGCAGCGGCAGCUCGCAGCAGGGGCUGGGGGGCUCGUCCACCAAGAAGAAGAAGCCCAAGCUGCUGGCACCACCCACCCCCAGCAUCUACAAUGACAUCAACUAGCAUCCCACCCCCAGCAUCUACACCGACAUCAACCCGGCCCCACCCCCCGCCUAUCCAUCCUCCAGACUCUCCACGCAGCACCACCUUGCUGUUCCUGCCGACUGUGAAAGGAGAGACGAGAGAGAGAGAGGUGGAGGCAUCUGGUGCCACCUGCUGCCUGUGCUGUGUGGGGCAGUGCUGCAGCUAAAAAAGACCGCCAUGAGUCCCCCCCCACUCGAGCCCCCCACUCCCCUGAAUUGGCUGGUUUGUGGUUAUUUCCUAUUUGUUCUCCGUUUUGAGGCAUUUCACUGGGUAUGUUAAAUCAUGAACGCAGAUUUGCAGGCCAACAACACUAUUAUUCCUAGCAAAAUGCCAUAAUUAUUUGAAUGAAAUGAAUAAUAAUAACAAGUUAUAAUAAUACCUCUUCUUCGGAGUGGAUUCUAGUGGUGACGCACAUUUACCGUUCUUCUUUUAGGCUUGAUGGAGAUAUUCACCAGCCUUUUCUGGAUCAUUAGGUUGAGUAAGAUGCUGUGUGUGUGUGUAUAUGCGUGUGUGUGUAUGCAAAUCAUAUAUAUAUAUAUAUAUAUAUAUAUAUAUAUAUAUAUGAAUGUGAUUGUUGUCCAUUUGAAAUUCGCCUGUCUCGGACUGCAAGUCAGGUUCUUCAACUAGGGAUGGUACUUCAUCUUGAGAUUACUGGAUAAACUUCCUGGAUGAAAUCUAGGACUCUAAUUUUUUUUAUUUCAAAAUAUAUAUAUAUAUAUAUAUAAUUGAAUAAACCCUUACCAGUGCAUCCCGCUGCAGCCCUGCGAAAGAGUGAAGACACACCAACGCAAUUUCACAUCUCUCCCCUUCAGAUUUCUCUGUCUUCUAACAGUACAGCCAACAUGAGUAACUUUAAACACCCAAUCGCAAGAGAUACAGCUGUACUGAAGAAACAUUGCGUAUAAAACAUUUCAACGAGCAGUCUGUCUUUCCUGUCACAAUGUGUAAUGGGGUUGGAUCAAUAAUCUGUUAUUGUGAUAUUAUUGAUAGUUUGUCUAGUCUGGAUUUAUUUAUUAUACAGAAAAAUGAUUUAUAAUCGUAUUUCUGACAGUCAAGCUAAAAACUGGGCAUCAGACAAUUUACUUUAAUUCAGUCCCCUCUCCCUAUUGUGAGAGAACAGUGGUCUGGCUUUAUUUUUAAGAAGCCAUCAGGCAAAAAGCAGACUAAGAAAGUGUGUGAGAGAUCAAGAACGAAUUAAGGUGUUUCAUUAUUGUCCAGCCCUAAUAUGUAAGACACGAAACAAAAUGACAAAGACUUAAUUUAGUAAGCUAUGUCUAAUUAUCAUCAAAGACCAAUAUUCUUUAGGUUUUGAAUAUUAAUGGGGAACUGAUCACGAUUAAUACCCAAACUUAAUGAAUAUAAAAUCCAAGGUUACAUCUCUAACGCAGCGUUUUAUUUCUGUUUCUCUUCCAUACUGCUGUAUUCUGGCGAUUCUUGUAUUCGUUUCAGAGCUGCAGGUCAACACAAAAUUAUAAUUCUUGCAUGCAGCUAGUUUUAUUAAAGCGAAGACAAGUGGUACUCUCUAGUGCCUCUUUUCUAGUCCAUUCCAGGACUUUGUUCCAACCACGAGCCUUCUUGCAGCCCAGAGCUUACUUCCUAACCUAGUUGUCCAGUUAAAUCAUUCAGAGCAGGGUGAAACAAAAGUCCCAGAUUGGAACAGAUUUACAAAACGAGUACCUCUGACAAUUUCUCAGGGAAGGAGGCCAAAAAGGAAUAUUCUGUAACACCCCCUUUAAUCCGUGAAUCCUUGACAGAAGUAGUAUACUGGGUUAUGACUGUGUUGGCUUGCUACUUUGCAGUGCAGCGAACGCUUAUUCCUCUUUAUUGAAAGCUUCUGAAGGGUGGUGUGUCCCUGUGAAACUGCUGCAUUGUUUCUGAUGGAACCCCUUACCUCGAUGGUGCUAGAUGGCAAAAUGAGCCUUUUUAUGAUAUUUUUUGUUAAUGCCAUUCAAUAAUGGCGCUGCCUUGACAAUGAGAGGUAUACCAGAGUGUAUCUGACCUACAGUACACUACCUAAACAUCCCUGUGUGUUUACUGGGAUCCUUUCGAUACCAUCCCCUAACAAACAGAAUAGCAUUAGAGUAGUAAUGUGUUUAAAAAAAAAAUGACUUCACUUCAGGGAAGGAUUGGUAUCCUCCAGAUAUUCACGGAUCGGAAGUACAUGAUGUUGACGUGGAAGUGGUGUCUCAAUAGCUGGGUGCUUGCGUGGGUCUGGGUCUGGGUGUGGUUGGGAUCAAUCAAUGAGCAGCCGUACCCAAGAGCUGUGGAUUCCUAACAUUGAGUCUUGUUAAUGACUCAAGUUGAGAUUCUCUUCAUUUAUUUUUUGCAUUGGAACUAUAUGGGCAAUUUAAGUUGGUUGUCUCGUGACAAAUCUAACCUUUUUGCUUCAGCCUGCUUUAGUUAAAAGCCUGUUAAUGAACACUUUGCCCUUCCUAUCCAUUGAAGGUAUUGCAGAUACCAGUUUCUUUUCCUGUUACAUUUCAUCAGCAGAUAUGGUUUCGUAGGGAUUGUUUUUUUGUUUCCUGUUUCCGCUGUGGUAGUGCCAGGUCCUUUCGCAUUCUCAGGAUCAUGAAUAGUUAAAUAGUAAGACUGGUGAGGAUGAUUGUAGGUGAGCUGUGUGGUAGGCAGGAAGGAUUGGGUUGGCCGUGGGGUAAACUACCUGCUAUAGUAAAUUGCAGUCAUCGCCCGUUACUUUUUGAUUAUUUAGAAAUCCACAUUAACGUGCCAACAUUGCGUAUUUCACAAUUGAGAAGCAGGGUGGUGAUAGAUUCGAGAUUCGUGGUUAAUCAAAUCAGGCAUUGUACUGUUUUUUUUUUUUUUUUUUAAACUUGUUGCUCAUGGUGAGCACCAUUCACUGUGACUGACCUAUUGCUUGAAUUUUCAACCUGUUAAUGAUACACUGUAUACAUACUUAUUCAAAUUUUGUGCAAUGUUCAGGACAGCAUCAAGCUGCUGGCAGAAUGGUGCAGAACCCCAAUCAGUGCGACUACAAUUAAUCAAGUGACAAUGAACAAAUAUGUAAAGGGAAUUUCAGUAAUUUGAAUACAAACUCAAAAAUGACUUCAGGAGGUCUUUUGAGCAACCUUGAGAUACUGUGUUUUACUCUGUGAAGUUCUUUCUACAAGUAUGAGUAAAGGGUUUGUGAUGGCUCAGAGAAUGAUCCCCCCCCCCCCCCCCCCCCCCCCCCCCCCCCCCCCCCCAAACCAUUUCCCUGCAGCGCACAAGUCUGGGUGCCAAAGCAGCAUCCAGUCGCUAGGUUUGCCCAGGUGACAAGGUGAAGUACCAGUGGUAAUGAUAACAAAAAAAAAUGAGAUUCACCAUUUAAAGUAUUACCCUAGAUACAUAAGGAAAUACUGCUGUUUUUUUUUUUUUUUUUUUUUUGGGACCAAUCUGUAUACAUAAGUGAUGUUGUUUCUUUUCUUUUUAUGAAACUUGUGAAGCUUAAAUUAUGGUUACCUAUUUUUUAGUACGUGUUUAGAAAGAGAGAAAAAAGAAAAUAACUGAUACUGUCGCCUCCUUUUAAUGUUUUGAAUUACUGAGAAGAAAUUGGUCUGUGUGUGUGGAAGCAUGGUGUUCUUCGACACUAGAACCGUUGCACUUUACGCCUGUGUGCGUGUGUGUGUUUGUUGUGUGUGCUUGUGUGUUGGAUAAUGGAAAUAAAAAUCAAGAAAUACAAAUAAUUGCAGAGUGCUGUGGAUGUGCUCAGCCCUGUAUCGAGGUGUACAGGGCUCUGAUUUAUCAAACACCUCUAAAACUGUGCAAAAGAAGCUUCUUCAUCUGGACGUCAUCAACAAAAGACUUGAAUUCAGGAAUUUCUGCGGCCGAAGCCUUAGCAUUCAACCCUUUUCGUUUUGUGUAUUUUUGGAUUUUUCAAGCCGUAACUUUUACCUCCAAGGACUCCAGAACCUGCAGUGAAUCGCCGUGUAGCAGAAAAGCUGUGUUUCCAGCUUCUGUGGGGUUAAUCGUCAAAAAAGAAUGGUCAAAAUCUGUGUUUUGAUCGUUUGGUAUCCUCGAACUUUACUGAAGUCCUUUCUGUUGAUCUUUCCAGGAAUUCUGUGUUGUAGGAGUUCCACAUAGAGGAUAUUCACCCCCUGCGCCCUACUCCCAGCCUUUUUUUUUUUUUUUUUUCACAGUGUAUUUUGCCAACCAUUACGUUUGGAUGCACAGGGAAUUGAUCCUUUCGUAAUUGAUUGUUCUGAACACGAAUUUGCAUGCCAAACUGAGUCGGAGGAAUCAAUGCUGAGCCUAUGCACUUGAAUGCCAUUACACCCCCCCACACGAUUCCAGAUCAAUACUGGUUUAAAGCAGAAUAUUUAUAGGAUUUGGGAAUCGAUUUCUCAAACAGGUUACUUGAAUCCGAUUUAGAUUGUGAAUAUAAAGGAGGUACAUGUGUAGCAUAAUGCUGGUUUGAAUAACCUGGGCACUCCAUCAACACAACACAAUAUAGUUUCCAUCAUCAAACUAGUCAAUGUCUUUGUUUCCAGGACAACCUGUUUGGUAUUUGAGGUGAAGCUACACUGCACACGCUUCCUUGUACCUGCACAGUGGCAACAGAUUAAACAAAAGAAUAAAUUGCUCUGGGCGGAAUUUUAUAAAAAAAAAAUAUAUAUGUGCCUCUUGGUUCAGUUGGUGGUUAUGGCGUGGUUUCUGCAGGUCUGCAUUGCAAAAGCGAACACCACACAUAAUAGGAAGGAAAUAUGCAUGGAUUUCACAGAAUCCUGUGUGGUUUACCAGGAAUGCAAAUUUGAGCAAAUGGCUCUUCUUAUUUAGUUUAGUCAAAAUGAUUAGAAACCAGGAUGGUUUUAAUAUGGUAUUGCUUGCUCGCUUUGUCUAUUAGCAGGAUUAAACACUAUCCGAUCAUUUUCACAAAGCAUUACAGUAUGGUUCUGAUGUGAACUAGCCUUUUUUUUUUUUUUUUUUUUUUUUUUUU